CACCAUCGUCCUCGCGCUAAGAUGGUUCGCGCCACUUCAUCUCGCUCAUUGACAUCCCUCAUGCGGUCAAUGGCGCUGGAGGUUCAACCAGCCAGGCCAGCACUGCGCAGCUUCAGCACGUCUCGCUGCCUGAGGCAAGAACACGACGACUCAGCAGAACCCGUCGCAUCUUCAUCUAAGGCGCCUGCCUAUCCAUACUCCUCACACAGUCGUGUCCCUUCCAUAGACCCAUCGCCCUUCACUCCGGCACCGAAGACGCGCUCCACCCAAUCAGGCGUCAUGGACUACCUUCAUCAUCAACUGCGCUCCCAAUUUGACCCAGCAGAUCGCCUCACCCGCCUCUUCCAUCGUCGCUCCCCUGAGCAAAUCCCAGUCGGCUCAGUAUUGAUCGUCGAGUCUUGGACGAGUCCCGCAAAGACGGGAAUGACGACAUUCUCCGGCGUCCUUAUGGCCAUCAGGCGUCGUGGCACCUCGACAAGCUUCGUUCUCCGCAACCUCGUACAGAAGUUGGGAGUCGAGAUGCGCUUUAACCUUUACUCGCCGCUGCUCAAGGAUGUGAGAGUGGUAGCAAGGGCAGAUGUAGGCAAGGGUGCAAAGAAUAUGCCUCAGGGUAGCAUUAGGAGGGUGAGGAGGGCGAAGCUAUACUACUUGAGGAAGGGAGACAACAGGAUCGCAGGCAUUGGACGGAUGAUCAAGAGUAGGAGACAGCAGCAGGAGAAGGAGGCUAGAGAGGCGGGGGCUACAGCGGUCUAGUCAUGCGCGAGCGACAGUGCAAGUCAAUGGCAUAGCAUUGCGACCACCAGUGACGACAUUCGAUACCAGCGUUAGGCGCCCAGCUCAAGCAGGACGGCCGCCUCGACGUCGGCAGUCUUCGCGCUUCCACCGAGGUCAGGGGUAAGGACAUUAGCCUUGCGCAAAACAUUGUCGACUGCCGAGUAGAUCUUGAGUGCUGGCUCCGUGUAGCCCAUGUACUCGAGCAUAAGGGCGCCUGAGCGGAUCGAGGCGAUAGGAUUGGCGAUGCCCUGCCCGGCAAUGUUGGGAGCCGAGCCGUGGACGGG